GUCAUUGUUCCUGCUUCACCUGAGAAGGAUAAACCAUGGGCAUCAUGAAGCGUCUGGGUCACUUUGCCGCUUGGUUCCUCUGCCUUCUAGAGGUCCUGCACACACCAGCUCUCGCGCUUCAAGUUCUUCAGCCUAGACGAAUUCUGGCAGACAGCCACAAUGUCACUCUCGAGUGUGCGUACAACACCACUGGAGAUGGACCUUUUGAGCAGUUUGGCAUCACCAUUUAUAAAGGAGAACCCAAGGAUGACACUGAGGUCUGUGCUAUGUCCUUCAAUAACAGUGCAAAUCAUUUCAAGACGGCAACUGCUCCAAACUGUCAGGCACAAAUCCAGAACGGCAGUGUCUCAGUAACACUCAGUGGGCUGAACACAUCCCAGAGUGACUUGUACAUUUGCCACAUGGCGAAAAUACAUCCGCCUCCCUACAUCGAGGGCAAAGGAAAUGGGACUUGUAUUUUCAUCGCUCCAGAGAUGCCUGAGGCAAAGCCAUGUCCAGAAUUCACUCAGUCCUUUAUGAUUGUAUUGGUCAUCGCUGCAUUCUUCAUGUUCUCCAGUAUUUUCAUUUCCUGCAUACACUGGCCUCUUGGUACCACCGCUUGUAUUCUCAGGAUGAAGGAGGCAGUUGACAUGAAAUGUGAACUGAUUCACAAUUUUGACGAGCCUGCUACUGCUACAUGGACUGGCCAGCGCUGGGAGACAGGCCCAAGGCAAGAAGUUGCUAAAGAACCGAGAAGAACAGAAUAAUGAAUACGUGAACAUGGAACCUCCUAAACACAGCUCUGGAAGAAGACGAGGGAACCACGUGGGCUACCGCACGUAACACAAUGUCAUGUAUCAAACUCACCGAGCGG